GGGGCUCCUGAAGUGCUCUCAUGUCUGCCUCCUGCUGCCCUCACUGAGCUGUGUGUGCAAUGUGUGUGCGUGUGUACAUGGUGUGGGAGGAGGAACGCGAGGAGGGAGCACAGUAAGAUGAAGAACAAGUUGUACUGAGGUUCGAUCCCCGAAUCAGUCCUCCCGACUCCUGGCCCCGGACCGACGGGACCGACUGAAGCCGGGAUGGACUUCGUGCUGAGCGGGUCGGCGGCGUGCGGCGCGUGUCUGUUCACCAACCCGCUGGAGGUGGUGAAGACGCGGAUGCAGCUGCAGGGCGAGCUCCGGAGCCGGGGCACCUACCAGGUCUACUACCGCAACGUGUUCCACGCCUUCUACACCAUCGGGAAAGUGGACGGGCUGGCCGGCCUGCAGAAGGGUCUGGUGCCCGGGCUCGUCUACCAGUUCUGCAUGAACGGAGUCAGACUCGGCUCCUACGCAGUCAUCGAGUCCUCCGGCUACAUCCACACCAACGGGAGGGUCAGCGGGGUCAAGACCACGUUAGCAGGGGCCUCGGCCGGAGUGGUCGGAGCCGUGAUCGGCAGCCCCGUGUACCUGGUCAAGACGCAUCUGCAGAGUCAGUCCACAUCCUCCAUCGCUGUGGGUCAUCAAUACAAACACCAGGGGAUGAUCCACGCUCUGGCAGCCAUCUACAGGCAGCACGGCAUUCUGGGUCUGUGGAGAGGCUCCAGUGCUGCCAUACCCAGGGUCAGCGUGGGGUCGUCCGCUCAGCUCUCCACCUUCUCCUCCGCCAAGGAGCUGGUCGUUGACCUUCAGAUUUUCCCAAAGGACAGCUGGUUGGUGGCCCUGAGCGCCGGCAUGAUCAGCAGUGUGGUGGUGGUGAUGCUUAUGACGCCGUUUGACGUGGUCAGCACACGGCUCUACAACCAGCCGGUGGACCCUGCGGGCAAGGGGCUGAUUUAUGAAGGAUUCACAGACUGCUUUUCCAAAACGCUGAAGAAGGAGGGCUUGACUGGACUCUACAAAGGCCUGGGAGCCUCUUACUUCCGGCUCGGACCGCACACUAUUCUGUCCUUGUUCUUCUGGGACGAACUGCGCAAAAUGUACCAGAAGGACAGAUAACACCAGGAGGACGAGGAGACUGGGGGGGAAGCGGUCACUCAUUAAGCUCAUGAGUGCAAAGGUUUAAUGAGUUUUACUAUUAUGAGGUUAAAAACCAAGAGAUUCUCUGCUUCGUUGACGGGAACGAGAAAACCGAGCAAAGGUAACGUUUUACACUCCGAAUAGGUACAGACAAAUAGCUCCAGAGAGGGAGGACAAACUGCAGUGAAGAGCAGUGAACAGUUUUAUCUUAAAGAGAAGAUGAUGAGAGCAUGCACAGAGACCAACAUACCUCAUAUACACAUGUAAUUCCAAUAGAUAUCUCACAGUGUGCAGUGGGCUCGACAGUGUGACAACAUGAAUGCACUGGUACAGAAAGAAACUUAAAUGAAAUGGCUGUUCCAUUUGUGCAGGUGAAGGCUGCCUCACGCUUUACGAACCUAGUUAUUAGUCUAAACCAGCGUAGAAGCCACUUUGCUUUCAAGCCAGGUGAAAGUGCUCAAGAGCUCCUGCUGAUCAUUGAUCCUAAAGUAUGAAAAGAUACCAAACACGUGAGGCUGAAUUUAACCCUAACCCUAACCUUAACCCUAACCCUUGUUUGAUAAAUAAAUAAAAAACGGUCCUGCGGGAAGCAGAAACUAAUAUUUACUGUAAACAUAUGCAAAACCCAUAAUACACAAACCCUAAACAGAAAACACUCAGCUUAUAUCUAGUCAAGGCGCACCAAGUUACACACUCAUAUCAGUUUCCUUAAUACACCUAUUUUUUUCCGUUAACAUCUCACUAUUUCUUGACAAUUUACAAAAACAACUCCUGGAUCGUGUCUAUUUAUCGAAUCCGCUCUAAAAGUUAAUGGGUUCUUCCUUUGCCCACAUCACACCCUUCCACCAAGUUUCAAUGAUAAAAAAAAAAAAAAAAGAGUUCAACUGUUUUUUUGUUAUCCUGCAAACAAGUCGCACAAAUACAAAUUAAAACCUAAAGAUUCUGCAAGUCCUCCAAGACUCUAGGGGGAGCACUAAGUGGCACAGCUUUAACGGCACCAGAGGCAUAAAAAGAUAAGACAAAAUGUAAACAAUGCUUAUCUUUGAAUGUUGCAUCUUCACUCCAUCUUUCUUAACAUGAUUCAUUACUCGUGAUUUAAAUAGUGGCUGAGGCUUUGAACAUGGCAGCACUUUAGCAAGAUAAACACACACACUCCAACUGACUUUCCACAGCAGAAGGGGAGGAUCAUGUUACCACUGUUUAUUUUGUAUGAUAAAGUCGGAGCUUUGGUCUUAUAUGAAGAUUUUCAUACAGCAGGGUUAGAAACUGUUAUACCUUUUAAAACAACUUGUUAGAUGACAGGAAACGUAAAUUUGACUUUAAUAACAAUCCCUAGACAGGGACAGUUGUCCUUUUUUAAACAGCCCAAAACAGUUCUUACUAGAACCGUUUGCUGUCGAACAAUCUUUGUGCCAAAACUUCGUUAUUUCGGCUCAUGGGGGCUUAACGAUUUUAUUUUUAAAGGUAUGUCAUUUUUCUGCCUGAUUAACAAGGUGUGCUGUUCACUACCUCUUAGAAACACUGAAUGAACUACAGACUACAAAGUGAAGUGUUAUUGCUUGGUUUAUAUCUUUUAGGAUUCUGAGGAAUUUUAUAUGUGAGUUUAAGGACUGGAGAAAAUGUAAAAUGAUGUAAAAAGUUUUUGAUCCAUGUUUGGAAAUUGCUGGAUUCUGUUGCAGUUGUCCGGUUUCUGAUGACGUGUCAUGUGCUGUAUCAGAAAAGGUCUCGUCAGUUGUGCAGUGAGCUGAUCCGGGUCGGUGACUGUUACAUGCGGCAGCUCGGAAAUUUUCCAUUAGUGUAUGAUAACAUGGGCUUCCUGUUAAGGAACGGACGUGAAGAGCAAAUAAAAAGUGAUUUCAGUG